GAGACUCCACAGCUCGGUUGUCGUUGCGAAGGCAGUCUGUUACCGCGACGAACCGCGUAUAGAUAAUAUUGUCGCGAUCCGAUCCCGUCGACGGUUUUGUUCCCAUUGAUCAUAACCCGGGCCUCUUUUAUCAUUGCAGCUUGUUCACAGUAAAAAAAAGCUGACGGCGAUUUCCUGCGGGGCGUGAACUUUUCACCAGUUAAAGAGUUUCACUUUUAAUUGACUUUAGUGACGUAUCUCCACUGAGUCUCGAACAUUUCCUCCUCCAUCGAAGUAUCGGCGACAGUCACUACGUCCUUCGUGAAACUCAUCGCACGUCAUCGAGCAGUGACGUAAAUUGUGAAACGACGAUACACGACGUGCCAAUGGAAGAAACUGUCGCCAAGUUCACGAAUCAAUUGUAAAAGUACAUGAAACCAUUGUUUGUAUACUUCAUUUUUGAACUUUUAAGUGUUAAAAAUCCUCCUCGGAUUUUUUUAAUAUCGAAGACAGAUAUCAAGAGUCUGGUCCAAUCAGAGAGACUUCGGCUGCGCUUACGACCUUCGGGAUGCGUGUGGCGUCACCGGCAGUGGUGUCCGCAACAGUGCCGUAAAAUUGUGAUGAGAUCGUUAGUGUAUCUCGUGACUAAAUAGUAAUUAUUUGUAAAAUCAAUUUACCGUCCAUAAGAUCCUGGAAUGGUAUGUGCAGUCAGUUUGGUAAUUGUGAUAUUUUGUAAAAAUUCGUUGAGAAUUUUGCAUUCGAGCUGCGGCGAACAACUCUCGUCCGAGGAGAUGCCAUGUUGUCGUAGAUUGAUGGUGAUCGAACGUUGACAAAGUGACUACAGAGGAUAGAAGUGAUGAUUUGUGCGAGUGCACGGGCAUGGUGACAUUGGUGCAGCAACAUCAGCAAUCAGCGCCAGAAGAGAACCGGUAUCAAAAGGACCAAGAUCAGGCUAGCUGUAAUAUCGUUAUUGAGUGUGAUGAAGCUGAAGAUUGUAACGACGAGAUCGUGCAGUCCCCGAAAGAUAUUACAGCUGUUAUCCCCAGAGCCAGUAGUCUCGCAAGUUCUUCCACCCAAUGCAGUGAGAUAGAAAACUACGAUGAAGAAGAAGAAGAGACGGAUACAGACGAGGGUGACUGGAUACCCGAUUUAUCGGUACCGGCAGUGCUCCAGCACCACCAGCAAGUGACCACUGCGGAUGGUAAUUUGGUGCUUCCCAACGCUGACACAUCGAACUUUGGUGAUGUUCGCGUGAAGAACUCGACUAACGUGCACCUUGGUAAUAAAACGUUUUACAAAGGUCCGGUGACAAUAAAACAGUUUGUUUAUACAAAUCCGAUUCCGGUGCAAGAAAACGAAUUUGUUACAAGAGAUACUAAUCGCGUCUCAAAAUGCGAUACUUUCGAUUCAACGAAUGCAACUGACAUUACGCCCACUUUUUCUCAAAAAGAUUGGUGGAACUUUACGUGGAACGAUCGUGACACAAUAAUCGAUUUGGAUGAGACAGAAGACACUCAGCAACGAUAUAAAAAGUGUCUGACAAAGGUGCUAAACUGGUUAUGGAGCUGGAGAUGCGCAGCAUUUACGUGUAUGAUUGCUUUAAUUCUUGUAAUCGUUGUGACCAUUGCUUGCGUUUACUUUACACGUGAUACCAUUCCUCCGGAAGCCGUUAUCCCGCAAGUACCAGAUUCCAGACUUAAUGGUUCGAUAGUGAAGAAUGUACGGUUCAUUGAACGAAGCGAAUGGGGUGCUCAACCACCAUCAGAACCACUAAAAAAAAUGAAACUUCCGGUACCGUAUGUGAUUAUCAGUCACACAGCAACCGAGUUAUGUUUGUCGCAAUCAGAGUGUACGUUUCACGUACGGUUCGCGCAAACAUUUCAUAUCGAGUCUCGGAAAUGGUCAGACAUCGCCUACAACUUUUUGGUUGGCGGUGAUGGAUAUGCAUACGUCGGUAGAAGCUGGGAUUACAUGGGUGCUCACUCUUUUGGUUUCAAUAAUAUCAGCAUAGGUAUUUCUUUCAUCGGUACAUUCAACUCCGUUAUUCCGAACGCAAGCCAACUACACGCUGCUCAACAACUCAUAAAAGUGGGUGUAGAGGCUGGCAAAAUCGCGCCAAAUUAUAAAUUAUUGGGACACCGACAAAUUUCUGCGACAUUAAGUCCGGGUGAUGCUUUGUACAAAGUCAUUCAGACAUGGCCUCAUUGGUCUCCUUCACCAUGAACAACUUUUCUCUUCCAUUUUGUGAUAUAUUCUUGAAUCAAUGUAUUUCAUGUUUAUCUAAUCACUUUUAUUCGUUGCAAGUUUCAUCUGAGCCUUAUACAAUCUUUAAAAUCUACAUGAACAAAUGCAAUACUUACCGUUCACGCUUUUUUUAUGUAAUACCUGACAUAAUUUGCUUAAUGAUUGAAACGAUGAAAUUACUUAUUGGAAUGUAGAUAUUUGAUACUAUAAUUUAAAAUAGAAAAAGAAUAUUAAUAAAAUUGCGAUCUAAUUAGAUACAAGGAUCUCUUUUGUAGGUUAGACGAUACACGUCACGUAAGAAUUUCAUGUUCUCCAUAACAAAUGUGAUAUAUGAAUCUUGUUAUAAGAUAUUCAUAGUUACUGUACCUUACAAUGUGUAAAAUAUAAUAAUUUUAUGUAUAUAUAUAUACAUAUAUAUAUAUAUAUAUAUAUGUAAUAUAUAUAUAUAUAUUAUUCAAGAAAUAUUAAAAAUAAUAUUGUAUAUAGCGUGGAAACAAAAAGAAUA